GGACCGCAAAUACAGUAAAAUAAAAUGGAUUAUCAACAAACAACAAUAGCCUGUAGCUAUUGGUCAUACAACCGGCCGAAUAUAAUAAUAAUAAUAUAACAGACAAUACAGUGGAAAUAGCGAAAAGAAAAAAUAAAACGACUGGCUGGAAGAUUGAAAAAAAAGAAAAACGGCGAAGAAAAAAACGUUCUACAGUCUAACACAAGAGUGCCUCAGAAGUCCACCCUCCCCUCAAGUUGAAGACCACCUCCAAACCCACCAGAGCUGCAGCUGUCCGUCCUACAGCAUCCCCACCUUCACAGCCUCAAAGAAACUCCUGCAGGGCCCCGCAAAGCAAACUGAGGGGAGCACUCCACCUGAGGAUUAUACUCCAAAAAACAAACAUCACAGGCUAUUAUAGACAACUUUGCUUAAGCUGAUUGAACUACUAGUUGUUGUGGGACAUCACUGGGACCAUCGCCGGUAACGGCACGUGACAGACUGACAGCAGCGCUCCAGCAUGCAGGUGAUAACGUGCGCGGUGUUUACGCUCGUCCUUCUCCCCAUCAGCGCCGCGUCGGAGGCUGACUCCUGCCCUGCCGUGUGCGAGUGCUCUGACUGGAAGACUCACACAAUCUCCUGUUUUGACAUUGAUAUUCUCCCCAGGUUUCCAGCAAGCACGGAGACGCUAUGGCUUUUUGAGACCCGUCUCUCAUCCGUGCCAGCCGAUGCCUUUGCCAACAUGGUCAACAUCUCAAGAAUAUAUAUAUCCGUGGAUGUGGUGCUGCAGAGGCUGGAGAAGCACUCAUUCUACGGCCUGAGGAAAAUCACCCACAUAGAGAUCCGCAACGCAAAAAGUCUGGCAUACGUUGACCCAGAAGCCUUUAAACAUCUCCCAAACCUCAAGUACCUGGGGAUUUUUAACACGGGCCUCAGUUUCUUCCCUGACUUGAGCAACAUCCACUCUAAUGACAUGAACUUCAUCCUGGAAAUUGUAGAUCAUCCCUACAUUACAGAGAUCCCGGCCAACUCGUUCCGUGGCAUCACCAACGAUGUGCUGACAGUCAUGUUGUAUGGAAACGGCUUCAGGGAAAUACAGCACCACGCCUUUAACGGCACCAGGUUAGAUCAAGUCGACCUUCACAGGAAUAAGUAUUUAACCAAGAUGGAUGACAGGGCUUUCGCGGGAACCAUCAGCGGCCCCAUGCUUCUAGACGUAUCCCUGACAGGGAUCACUUCCCUGCCGACCACAGGCAUGGAUUUUCUCCGGGAGCUGAAGGCGCGAAACGCCUGGGCCCUCAAGAAAUUGCCACCCAUCAAGACCUUCAAGCACCUCACCGUCGCCAACCUCACAUACCCCAGCCACUGCUGCGGUUUCAAAAACCUCAAGAAGAAACGAGGCUUUUUGGAGUACAUCAUCUGUAACCUGACUGCUUUCUACGACCAGCAUCACAAGCGCUCUGUGGGGCCCCUUCGCAUGCCUUCCCUCCAAGGGGAAAGUGUGGAAACACUCCCAGACCAGGAACCAAACGACGGAGGUCACAGAGAGUCCCAUCAAGACUGGAGGAGAGAUGACUUCCAUGGCAGCCUCCACUACCACGCCUACUUUGGGGGCCAGCCAGAUGAGGAUGUGGGUUUUGGAGAGACCCUCAAGAACCCCCAGGAGGACAACAGCCAAGAUUUUGACAGUCGUUACGAUUAUGUGGUGUGCGAAGAGGGAGAGGAGGUGGCGUGCGCACCAGUGCCCGAUGAGUUCAAUCCUUGUGAGGACAUAAUGGGCUUUGGCUUCCUGCGGGUGUCAGUGUGGUUUGUCAGUCUGCUGGCUGUUCUGGGAAACGUGGUGGUCCUGCUGGUCCUGCUCACCAGCCACUACAAACUGUCGGUCUCCCGGUUCCUCAUGUGCCACCUGGCCUUUGCAGAUCUGUGCAUGGGGAUUUAUUUGCUCCUCAUUGCCUCUGUAGACGUCCACACACGGUCUGAGUACUUCAACCAUGCUAUAGACUGGCAGACCGGCCCCGGUUGUGGACUCGCAGGUUUUUUUACAGUCUUCGCGAGCGAGCUUUCGGUCUACACCUUAACAGUGAUCACUCUUGAGAGGUGGUACGCCAUCACCUUUGCCAUGCGGCUCGAUCGCAAGCUGCGUCUGCACCAUGCCGCGGCCGUCAUGUUAGGUGGCUGGCUCUUCUGCCUCCUCCUUGCCUUGCUGCCGCUGGUUGGGGUGAGCAGUUACCAGAAAGUGAGCAUCUGUCUCCCCAUGGACACCCAGUCCACAGCGGCUCAAGUCUACAUCAUGUCAGUGCUGGUUCUCAACAUCAUGGCCUUUUUUGUCAUCUGCGCUUGCUACUUCAAGAUCUACUGCGCAGUACACAAUCCUCAAUACCGUUCCGGAUCCAAGGACACCAACAUCGCCAAGCGCAUGGCUGUCCUCAUCUUCACUGACUUCUUGUGCAUGGCGCCUAUUUCUUUCUACGCCAUGUCGGCGGUGCUAGACCGGCCCUUAAUCACCGUCUCCAACUCAAAGAUUUUAUUGGUGCUCUUCUACCCACUCAAUUCCUGUGCCAACCCCUUCCUCUAUGCCAUCUUCACUAAGGCCUUCAGGGGAGACGUAUUCAUCCUCCUCAGUAAGGUGGGCCUGUGUCAGCAGAGAGCGCAGCUAUUCAGAGGCCAGACGGUCUCAUCAAAGGGCAGCAGCGGGACAUCUCAGGUCCGCAGAGACAGGGACAAACACAGGAAGGGAGGAAGCAUAGGCCAGGAGGAAGUGCCCAUCCACUUGAGGAAGUGCUCCAGACACACCUACCACCAAGCCAUGGGCCAACAGACGAGCCGAGAGGAGAGCCAGAGCCUGGACACGUGAGGCAAAUGCCAGCUUGUGGAAGUAAAGGGAGACAGGUUCAGGUGUAGAGAGCAGAGGCCUUGAAGAGUUUGUGGACUGAUCUGUUUGGAUAUUGAACAGGAAGCUCCACUAUUCUGCAUCUGCUUCAGUUGUCAGGCCAAGUUCAGCUGCUUUCACAAUUUUGUGAUGAUUUUGGGGUUCCAGUUGUUGGGGAAUAUCACGUGUCACUGAAACAUGAGCUCGACUUCAUCUCACUUAUAGUCCUUCGUAUUCUGAUGUACUGGCUAGAAUAGACUAUUUUAAGGAAAAACGCAAAUAUUUUUGAAAGAUACAUAUAUAACUAUGAAUUAAAUGUGUUGUUUUGAGUAUUUUAAUCACACUGCAUUAAGUCAAAUUCAGAUUUAUCCAUACACAGUUUGGCUUCGAGAUGUGACAAAAUAUAACAAACUGUCUUGAGUGUUUCAAUUUCCAGUGAUAGGUUUAUAUGUGAUCAUUGCAUUGGAGGACAGCCUGCUGGCUCAGUGCAGUUCAACUGUGCAAACACUAACCAGUUCAUGAAAAUAUAAAAAUAAUCAUUUCAUUAGGUACCUCAGUAUAUAAUGUGUGUAUAAUGUAAGUGAUAUUGUUUGGUGAAUUAUCAAAAAAAGAAAAACUCUUGGAUUUCUCUUGUCUGUUGUCCUAAAACUGAAAAGGAAACACGCACAAGUAAUGCAUAUGGUACUACGAUGGAAAGCAGAACUUAAUGUUUUACAGUGCAAGGGGACUGUAUGUGCGUUUGGUGUGGCAUACACCAGCACCAAACUGA